CUUCUGCCAGAUGCCACCCUCCCUCCUGUCUCUCCCUUUCUCCCCCAUUUCUUUCCUUUUCUUUAUAUUAUUAUUAUUACUAUUCGCACAUUUAUUUAUUUAUUUAUUCAUCCUUAUUAUUUCUUAUCAUCUCUAUUCCUAUUUUCACUCUCCCUCUCUCUCUCCCUCUCUCCCCCUCUCUCCUCUCCGUUGCUUCUUCUCACCCACCUCGCCUUCGCCAUUGGCGAAGUGCAGGGUCAAGGUAGGGUUUGAUCGAUCGAGGUUGGUUCUUGAUGGGUUCGUCGUCGGGUCCGGGGAGUAGCUACGACUACUCCUUCAAGAUCCUGCUCAUCGGGGACUCCGGCGUCGGCAAGAGUAGCCUCCUCGUCACCUUCAUCUCCAACCAACUCGAAGAUCUUUCGCCGACGAUCGGGGUGGAUUUUAAAGUCAAGUUUCUUACGAUUGGUGGAAAGAAGUUGAAGCUGACGAUAUGGGACACUGCUGGCCAGGAGAGAUUUAGGACAGUUACUAGUUCUUACUAUAGAGGCGCUCAAGGAAUUCUUCUAGUUUACGAUGUGACGCGGCGUGAGACAUUUACAAAUUUGGCUGAUGUGUGGGCCAAGGAAGUAGAAUUGUACUCUACAAAUCGUGAUUGUAUCAAAAUACUCAUUGGAAAUAAAGUUGACAAGGAGAGUGAAAGAAUGGUGACAAGAGAAGAGGGAGUUUCUUUUGCAAAAGAAUCUGGUUGUUUAUUCCUUGAGUGCAGUGCAAAAACACAAGAAAAUGUUGAGAAAUGCUUUGAAGAACUCGUGCUAAAGAUUCUUGAGGUACCAAGUCUUUUAGAGGAAGGAUCUGCCGUUGGGAAGAGGAACAUUUUGAAACAGAAACAAGAAAACCAUGCAAAACCAUAUGGAGGGUGUUGCUCAUGAGCGGUGGCACACUGUGUGGGCCAAACAUGACCUGUUUGACCCUUCCCAGAAUCUCCUGAUAAUCUGAUUACGAUACCGUGUCAGAUCAAUGGGUGUACACUACGAUCAGGUUAUUCUGCUCCUGAUGUAAAUGAGUUGCAUUUGCUUGCUCAAUUCGUCGAUAUACAUGUGCGGCUGUAUAGAUAAAACGUAUCAUUCUCAUAUGUUUACUGUGCCUUUCUCGGUUGAUGCCUGUAUAUCUUUGUUCAAAGUUGAUUGAUCUGGUGAAAAUUUGAUUAUUUUUUUUUUCUUUUUUUGGUUUUCCGAGUUUCAAACUAUUCUGUCGAACACUUCUUGUGGAGCCACCUUUUCCUUAUGUGAGAUAGAGCUAAAUGUGUGUUUCUUUAUGACACAUUCGUUUGUGAUAAAUAGCGUCUUGACUUUUGGACA